CGCCUAACGAGAAGAACACUCGUCACCUGGAAUCACGGGGACAGCUUGCUGUAGAUUUCGCAAUCCACUCGUGAACUCUGAACUCACCACUAUGGUCGUCCUCGCAGCGUCGAUAUGCACCCGCGGGGGCAAGGCAGUCCUCUCGCGUCAAUUCAGAGAAAUCGCUCGCUCCAGAAUCGAAGCCCUGCUCGCAUCCUUCCCUAAACUAGCUGACUCUGGCACCCAACACACAACGGUCGAGCAGGAUAAUGUCCGUUUUGUCUACCAGCCCCUGGACGAGUUAUACAUCGUCCUGAUCACAAACCGCCAAUCCAACAUUCUACAAGAUAUCGACAGCCUUCACCUCUUCGCUCAAGUCACCACCAGCAUUUGCAAGAGCUUGGACGAAAGAGAGAUUGUGCGCAAUGCGUUCGAAUUGCUCAGUGCCUAUGAUGAGCUCGUGACGCUAGGAUACAGAGAGAACCUGUCGCUUACUCAGAUCAAGACAUUCCUAGAGAUGGAGAGUCACGAGGAGAGAAUUCAAGAGAUCAUUGAGAGGAACAAAGAACUUGAAGCCAGCGAGGAGCGCAAGAGGAAGGCUAAGCAGCUGGAGAUGCAACGAAAGGAGGCUGCUCGGAGAGGUGGUCCAAUGGCACCCCGGACCCCUUCUUAUCCUGUCUACACUCCUCCUUCCCGCCCUGCCGUGCCCGAGACCUACGACACCUACGAGGCAGAGAAGAAGAAGACUUUCGCCAAGCCAUUACCUGUCCGGGGCAAGGGCAUGCAGCUCGGAAAGAAGUCGAAAACUACAGAUAUCUACGAGAAGGUCCGUGGUGACUUGGGUCCCGAGGUAGAGGAGUCCACUCCUCUGGUGACCCCACAAGCAUCCACCCCCGUUGCCGAUACAGUGUCCUCCGCACGUGCGUCGCUCUCAGGGGAUCGUGACCCUGUUCAUGUAACGAUUGCAGAAACUAUCUCCGCUACACUUACCCGUGAAGGUGCCCUCAGAUCGUUUGAAGUAAAGGGCGAUUUGCAGCUUCGAAUCACCGAUCCGUCGUUCACCAAAGUCAGACUCGACCUCCUCGCAAACCCUACGCAUGGUGCACAAUUCCGCACUCAUCCAAAUGUCGACAAGGCUGUUUUCACCAACGACUCUGCUAUCCAACUUAAAGAUAUCACCAAGCGAUUCCCAGCCAACAACUCCAUUGGUGUUCUACGCUGGCGUGUCGCUAGCUCUGGAUCCGACAACGCUGAAAUACUGCCUAUCACCUUUACCGUUUGGGUCAACAAGGGAUCUGACUCAACUACAGUCACGGUCGAAUACGAGCUCACUGGCUCUGACAGCCUCCGGGAUGUUGUUGUCACCAUCCCCUACCAAACAGCCGAGCCCGCAGUGUCCAGCUUCGACGCCGUGUAUGAGGUAUCGGGCGACAGUCUUGACUGGAACGUUGGCACUGUGGAUGAAAGCAACGCAUCGGGAAGUUUCGAAUUUGAAUCAAGUGGCGAUGGCGAUGAAAAUGAGUUCUUCCCAAUGAGCGUGCACUUCUCUAAAACCAGUCCUUUUGUUGAAGUCGACGUUACCGACGUCUCGCUCUUGGAGAUGGAAGGAGAAAGCACAGCGUUCACUAAGGACGUCAAAUGCGUUGCUGAGAAAUUUGUUAUUGAGUGAUUACUUGGAUGUAUAGAGUAUUAAUGACGUUCGGAUUGCCCUAUUUUUCCAGUCUCCAGAGUCGCGACUUUCUUAUUGUUUGUUCUCUCUUAAACCAGGAUUCCUUUCUUCUCAAGUCUGCAAUUCAAGCCUUACUUCUGAAUCGUACCACUCAUGUCUUGUCAAACCUUCCCGGAUGUUCCAAGUCGCCUCCUGCGUGUUAAGGUCGAAUAGGGCCGGUAUCAAGCGCUGAUCGAGGACCAGGCUUGGCGAUUGCUGCGUAUCUCGACCAUGGAUGGAUGAAUUGAAGGCUAUUACUCGACACAUUCUGGG